GCUCAGUGGGUCUGGGGGGUGGGGUGUUGUAAGAGGAAGAGCAUUUUCGUGCAUUUAAACUGGGUAACACAGGUAGAAAGGAGGCCACGACCCCAUGUACUCACAGAACCAUAAGAAGAAGACACAAGAACAGAAUACAACGUGUUUAUUGCUCUUUGCUGGAAUACCUUAUGUGAUCAUCCUGACAUUUUGAUGGCACCAGUAUGGAGACCUUUCUGAUCGCAAAUGAAGAAGUUUAAAAUCAACCUCUAAGACCUGCUUCCUUCUCAGCUGCAUUUUGUUGAUUGAUUGGGUUUGAUGUGAUGGAGGAGGAUCAAGGCUGUGUCUCAGAUCUAGUUCAGCAGGAGUCUAAUUCCCAGGGAUUACAGGACCCGCGGGCCCCCCUGAAAUGCCAAAUGUCAGAUAGAAAGCCAGAGAAUGGAGGGGAAGAGGAUGGAAAUGGGCUGUAUAUACUUAAUGAGGCAAGGCAAAUAACAGGGAAUGGUGCUUCUGUUGACACAGGUCUGCUCACACGACCCUGCAUGUCCCUCUCUCCAUGUUGCGAGUGUCCUACACUGGCUGUACAUUUUGCAGUGUCUGGCAACGUCUCAUGUGAUGAGCUGGACUCCAGUGAGGGGGCCAGCUUGGAUAUGUACUGGACUGACCUCUCUUUGCCUCCCUCUCAUUUACACCCUCCAUAUCAGAUGAAGGAAGGUGAUAAGACAGCCUUGACGGAGAAGAACAUUCUUAUGGAAAACUAUUUUCAAGGCUCUCCCCCUCCCGGCACAUACUCUAGUGAUGGCCCCGAGCAGUUGCAGGACAGCAGGGAGGAGGAGCCUCCAACAAACUCACAGGAAGAGGACGGUUUAACACGAGGAGAACUGAAGGAUGUCAAAGCAUUUGAUCCUGCAGCACCGUCUAAAGAGCUUCUGACAGGUGAAUCACACAAAGCAACAGAGGGCACAAGACAAGAGCCCACCACACAUUCUGGGGUAAAUGUAAUGGCUGCUGAAUCCCAAGCUUUGAUUGAGUCCAUGGAAACUCCAUCACCAUCUACAGAUGGGCAACCAGACCAAGAACAUCAGCCCUUAGACUGUCAUGCUGAGUGGACAGAGUCUGCAGGAAUAACAGAAUCAUCUGGAGGGUCUACUGCAGAACUCACUCCGGUGUGUUCUGCAGCGACAAACCCAAGAGCUGGGAGUGACCUUGUCCAACUCAACUGUAUGCACUUCAGUGAUGAGUACUCCAUUCCCAUCACAAGUGUAGUAGCACUGAAACAAGACACAGUCAGCUCUGAAAUGGAUGGGAUACAGGGUAAAGAAGUAACCUGCUGUCUUAAUGGUUAUGAGGAGGGAAUGAAGGAAGAAGAAGAAGAAGAGGAGAAGAAGGAGGAAGACAGGAAGGACCACAAUAAUUUACUUCAUAAAGUAAAUUUCCACAGUCAGUGUACCAGGGAGAAGGCACUGCCAGUACAAACAGAAGAAGCUGAAUCAAAUCACAGAGAGUUACAUGAACACACUGACCAGACAGUGCUUCUGAAUUGGACAGAACACCCAGAACAAAGUGAAGAGUCAGGGCAGCAGCAACAAUUAGAGCAAAUACAGAAAUCAGAGGAGGGAGAACAGGCACAGCAUACAGAACAGUCAGAACAGUUAGACCAGACAGAAGAGACGGAACAGCCUGAGCAGACAGAACAGUCUGAGAAGAAACAGCCAGUUCAGACUGAACAGGCAGAGCAUCCAGAGCAGAUGGAACAGCCAGAGCAGAUGGAAAACCCAGAACAAAUAGAACAGCCAGGGCAGGUAGAACAACCAGAGCAGUUGGAACAGCCAGAACAGAUGGAACAACCAGUGCAGAUGGAACAACUAGAUCAGUUGGAACAGACAGAGCAGAUGGAACACCCAGAAAAGAUGGAAAACCCAGAACAAAUAGAACAGUCAGGGCAGGUAGAACAACCAGAGCAGUUGGAACAGCCAGAACAGAUGGAACAACCAGUUCAGAUGGAACAACUAGAUCAGUUGGAACAGACAGAGCAGAUGGAACACCCAGAACAAAUAGAACAGUCAGGGCAGGUAGAACAACCAGAGCAGUUGGAACAGCCAGAACAGAUGGAACAACCAGUGCAGAUGGAACAACUAGAUCAGUUGGAACAGACAGAGCAGAUGGAAAACCCAGAAAAGAUGGAAGACCCAGAACAAAUAGAACAGUCAGGGCAGGUAGAACAACCAGAGCAGCUAGAACAGCUAGAACAGCCAGAACAGAUGGAACAACCAGUGCAGAUGGAACAAACAGAUCAGUUGGAACAGACAGAGCAGAUGGAACACCCAGAAAAGAUGGAACAGCUGGUGCAGAUGGAUCAGCCAGAACAGAUGGAACCUUCAGGGCAGAUGGAACAACCACAACAGUUGGAAUGGCCAGAACAGACAGAACAGGCAGUGCAGAUGGAACAAUCAGAUCAAUCGGAAUGGCCAGUGCAGAUGGAACGCCCAGAAAAGAUGGAACAGCUGGUGCAGAUCGAAAAUCCAAAACAGCUGGAACAGUCAGGGCAGAUAGAACAACUAGAUCAUUUAGAAUUGCCAGAACACGUAGAAAAGCCAGUGCAGAUGAAAUGGCCAGAACAGUCAGGGCAAUUUGAACUGGCAGACCAAUCAAUAGCACAGCACAAGUUAGGGCUAGACAAUACAGAGCAUGCAAAAAAGAUCUUGAAACCUCUGCCAACGCAACAGACCGAGGAGCAAAAAUGGAGACCCAUCCACCACAACAACAAAGGGAGUAUGGACAGGGAAGAGGCACACAGACUUGCUGAGAAGCUCUACAAGCUGCAGGAUGUGCGACGCACUGAUGUCGUCAAAUACCUCAAUAAAGACAAUGAGUUCAGUCAUACAGUUGGAGAGGAAUACUUAAAGUUCUUUGAAUUCACUGGUCAGAGCUUGAACCAAGGCUUGAGGUCAUUCCUCAAGGUGGUGGUUCUGAUUGGAGAAACACAGGAGAGAGAGCGAGUUUUGGAGCAUUUUUCUCAUCGUUUCCAUCAGUGCAACCCUGACAGUUUCUCCUCCCCAAGUGCAGUGCUAACCCUAACCUGCGCUCUAAUGUUGCUGAACACAGAUCUACAUGGGCAGAAUGUGGGGAAAUCCAUGUCCAUUUCCACCUUUGUGUCCAACUUGGAUGGUAUGAAUGAAGGGGAACAUUUCUGUAAGAAUCUACUGAAGGAUCUGUACAACGGCAUAAAGAAUGAACCUCUGGAAUGGGCAGUUGAUGAGGAAGAACUGAAGAGCUCAGUGUUACAACAAGAUGAAAAAGCAGACCCACUACUCCGCUCAAAGAGCAACCCCUUCCAGGAUCUGCCUCAUGACAAGAAAGCCAUGGUCUACAAACAGGGCUUCCUGACACGCAAGGCGCACGCUGACAUAGAUGGCAAACGCACUCCCUGGGGGAAGCGUAGCUGGAAGACCUUCUAUGCUGUGUUGAAAGGAAUGGUGCUGUACCUGCAGAAGGAUGAAUACAACAUAGAGUGGCAGAACUCAGCAGAGGUAGUCAGUGUGCACCAUGCCUUGGCUGAAAGGGCUGAUGACUAUACAAAGAGGCCACACGUCUUCCGCCUGCAAACGGCUGACUGGCGAGUCUUCCUCUUCCAGGCAUCCACACUAGAGCAUAUGAGCUCCUGGAUCAACAGGAUAAACCUGGUAUCAGCCCUGUACUCAUCUCCUCCAUUCCCUGCUGCUGUGGGAUCACAGAAGAGGUUCAGCAGACCCAUCUUACCUGCCAUGCAGUCGGCACUUACUCUGGAGAAGCAGCUCCAGUCUCACUCCCGCAUGCUGGACUCUUUCUCAACUGACCUGACCUUCCUGCAGCAGUCUGUGCUUGAGGGCCGAAGGGCCAAGGCCCGCGAGCUUGAGGAGCGCCGACAGAGGGAGGAGUAUCUGCUGCACGAGAAGAGUCGGUAUGAGGUGUAUAAGCAGAUGCUAGAGGUGUGGAAGGGCCUUGGUGGACACAUUGGCGGUGCAGUGAGGGCUGUGGAGCUUGAGCGUUUCGAUGAGGAGCUGUACGUAGACACAGAGGAAGAGGAAGCUGGCCUGAAGAAGUCCCAUUCCAGCCCCUCCCUGAACCUGGAGUUGGCCCCACCCCCCAUAGUGAAAGUCAAGCGCAAUAUCUCUGAGAGACGCACCUAUCGCAAGAUCAUAAUCCCACGACGCAACAGAGAGCUGUGAGAGAGGGCCUACUGCACCAUAUUUACCUAUAGAUGAAACAAAAUAUUACAUCUGUGGUUUAUAUUCAGUUGACUGUACUGUUACAUAUCAACUGGAGGUCACCAAUAUAGGAGUGCUGUCCUUCCUCGGUUCAUUGGAAAAAAAUGUUUUCAAAUAAAUCUGAGAUUUGUUUGUUC